UCUCCCUGCCCAGCCAUGGGCCCCAACCUGCUCCUGUUGCUGUUCCUGGGACUAGCAGGCCAGGGCUCGGCUGGCAGCCUCCCUGAGGUGCUGCAGGCGCCUGUGGGGAGCUCCAUCCUGGUGCAGUGCCACUACCGACUCCAGGAUGUCAAGGCUCGAAAGGUGUGGUGCCGGUUCCUGCCAGAGGGAUGCCAGCCCUUGGUGUCGUCAGCUGUGGAACGCAGGGCCCCAGCCAGCAGCCGCGUAUUUCUCACUGACCUGGGGGGUGGCCUGCUCCAGGUGGAGAUGGUUACCCUACAGGAGGAGGAUGCCGGAGAGUACGGCUGCGUGGUAGAGGGAAUCUCAGGGCCCCAGACUGUGCACAGAAUCAGUCUGGAUGUGCUCCCUGCAGCUCCUGGCCUGAAAGAGGACGAAGAGGAGACCCAUCAGGUCAGGAGUCUGGCUGACACCUCCUCUUCAGAUCCUGUAGGCAGUGCCAGCCCUUUGGACCCCAGCCGAGAUAAGAAGAGCAGACCCUUGAUUUGGGGUGCCGUGCUCCUGCUGGGCCUGCUGGUGAUGGCGGUGGUGCUGUUUGCUGUGAUGGCCAAAAGGAAAGGGAACAGGUUUGCUGCCUGUGGACGAUUUCAGAGCAGUGGAGUCUCAGGCUCGGCCCCCUCCUCAGUGGUCCACCACAUCAGUGACUCUGGACUGGCUGUUGACGUGCCAUCGGAUGUACCAUAUGUUAGGCUCGACUCGCCACCUUCCUUUGACAAUAACACCUACACCAACCUUCCUCUUGAUUCCCUGUCAGGGAAACACCCACCCCCAGCCCCAUCCUGUUUGCCCCCUCUGCCUCCUAAGGCUGAGAUCUGCUCCAAGCCUGUGACAUACGCCACAGUCAUCUUCCCUGGAGGGGACAAGAGUGGAGGAGCCUCCUUCGAGCCAGCCCAGGAUCCACCUAAUAGCGAGAUUCCACCCAGCUAAGCUGUUCACCAUCCUGUAAACUCACAGAGA